AUGGGUUUCACGAGUAUAAAAGACACCGCUCACUCCACUUCCACAAGGCGUCCCAACGGUAUCUCAGGGUUCACUUGUGGAUACAUCAAGGACCCGUGGUUAGCUCAAGGAAUUUGUGGUGAGCACAUGUCUAACCACAGUUCCACAAGGCGUCCCAACGGUAUCUCAGGGUUCACAAGUGGAUACAUCAAGGACCCGUGGUUAGCACAAGGGCAAUGCAAGGACGGUUCCGCGCAGCUAUCUCAGUGCAACAAGAUACCCUGGGUCCGCUUCGUCUGCGCUGAAGAAGGCCUCCGCGGGUUUGGGGUUGCCACACACCUAAUCCACGCACUGUUUGCAGGAAGUCCGAUGUCGGUGACAGGCACGGUGACGCGCGUGUCGGCAGUCGUCGGAGGCGAAGCGGAGCUGCCUUGCGACAGCCGCCCGCCGCAGCGCAACGACAGUCUACUACUCGUCGUGUGGUAUAGGGACGACAACCCUGUUUACAGUUACGACACCCGAGUGCCAGGACCAACAGCACACUGGACGGACGAGCCGUUCACGGACAGGGCUCGCUGGUUCAGCACGCCGUCUUCAGGUCUUCGCGUCCACAACGUGCAGGCGAGGGACAGGGCCACGUAUCGCUGCAGGGUCGACUUCCAAGUCUCACCCACUAGGAACUACAGGAUUGCUCUUGAUGUCAUAGAGCUGCCGAGUAAACCGGUGAUAUUUGACGAAUAUGGAAAGGAGAUAUCUGGAGUGACAGGUCCUUACAACGAAGGGGGAGACUUCAAACUGAUUUGCUCAGUCACUGGAGGUACACCGACACCAAGAUUGCAGUGGCUGCAAGGUGACUCAGUCCUCACGACUCUGGGAGCUGGUGAUCUUCAACCCUCAGGGUUGACCAGGUCGCUGACCCUAGUCGUCAGGAAUGCCACUAGGUCUCACCUAGCUGCGGUGUAUACCUGCACUGCUGAUAAUACCCUCCUCGCGCCGCCCCAGAAGGCGUCUGUACGAGUGGACCUUUAUCUGCGGCCGCUGACGGUCGAGAUAUUGUCUCGGGAACAGCCCCUCUCCGUGGGCAGAAGGACGGAGUUGUUGUGCAAGUCCACUGGAGCGCGACCACCAGCGAACAUUACCUGGUGGCUUGGAGGGAAGCAGUUGAAGUCCAUAUCAAAGCAAUUGGAAGACGCCAACGAGACGCAGUCAUUACUCCAGUGGGUGCCUUUGAAGGAGCACAAUGGACAAGUACUAGUCUGCAGGGCAGAGCAUCCCAAGUUCAACCGGUCGACAAUUGAAACCAAGCUGCCGUUGAACGUAUAUUAUAUCCCAGUAUCAAGAAUGCACCUUGGAGCGAAUAUGAACCCUAACGACAUAGAAGAGGGUGAUGACGCGUACUUCGGUUGUGACGUUGACGCCAACCCUCCAGCUUACAAAGUCAUAUGGGAACAUAAUGGUGUUGUACUCCAGCAUAACCGAGCAACGGGUGUAAUCAUGACCGGUAAUACAAACCUGGCCAUUCGGAAUGUUUCGCGUCAUCAGGCUGGCAACUAUACUUGCACCGCAUCCAACGUUGAGGGCGAUGGCAGGUCUCCUCCAUUACAUGUGCAAAUUGUUUAUAAGCCGCUGUGUCGGAAGAAGGAAGUAAGAUUGAUCGGUGCUGCUUUACAAGAACCUUCGUCAGUAUUGUGCGAGGUGGAUGCAUACCCACCGCCUAAUACCUUCGAGUGGACGCUGAACAAUUCCGUGGGGUUCAUCAAGGUCGAUCCCGACCGCUUCACAGUGGAAGAGAAGGAAGGCAGAUCAGUCCUAACAUACACACCGGUAUCAGUCGACGACUACGGCACGUUAUCGUGUCGCGCGACCAACCUAGCCGGGCAACAGACGUCGCCAUGUCUGUACACAAUGAUGCCGGCGACACGGCCCGACCCGCCUACAAACUGCACCGUGUACAACCUCACCCACGACUCUUUGGAUUUGAUGUGUCUUGCAGGAUACGAAGGAGGUCUCCACUGCGUCUUCAUAGCAGAAGUGUGGGCCAAUGAAGGUCUGGUUGUAAACAUGAGUAAUGCAGCAGCUCUCUGGAAUUUGCGAAGACUGGGAGCGAAAAGGCAGCUGCGGAUCAUCGUGUAUGCUGUCAAUGCACGAGGAAGAUCAGAACACGUCUCGUUUACUGUUGAGACUGCGCCGAGAUUAGCACCCAGAACUGAAGCGCAAGAAGCCUGGGAGGUGAAUUGGGCGCUGGGAGGUGUUCUCGGUGCAGCAAUAACUGUCGCAGUUAUACUAUGUCUUGCACUCAUCGUAACCAGACUGCGACAGAGAGCUAGGGAUUACGAAGUGACAAUACCGACGCUGAAGAACCAGAAAGUCAUAAUGCCGAAGCGGAAUUCUCCUCACGGUACUGACGACCGGAAUCCGGAUCUCAUUCCACUGAGCAAAGGCGUGACGGAAUGCCCGCCAGAUCCACCGCUGUACUCCGCAGUAACAACCACGCCCGAGCCAAAGAACUCUUGCAGCGACCACAGCUUGGCACGCACGCAAUCUCCAACCACGCCGAUAUCAACCCACGCCCAGUACACUGAUUCGCAGAGUGAGUCGGGGAGAAGCGGCGUGAAUGGCGCCAUCAGAUCGCAUCGAGAGGUGGUUACCACAAGAACGCCCUUACUAGCAGCACACCAAGAAAGUUGCGUUUAAUUGUAAAAAUAAAUAUAAAUUAAUAUUUUUAAAUUAAUAAUAUGAUUAGUCCAAAAAUAAUUGUAUAUAAAUGGAAUGCAGUAAUAUUGGUUUGAAAGAUCUCGAUGAUAUUUUUUAUUUGGAUAUUAUUAUUCAAACAGUUUAUUGAGUUAAAAUGUUAUUAAAAUAUUUUGAUAAAUACCAAAGAUUUUCUUUAAUUAUAUACAGUAAAAUUGUGUUUACUGUUAAAUGGCACAUGAAUUUAUAAAUUAAUAUAAAUCAUUAACGAAUUUAUAAAUACUCUUCUAACACACAUGACGUUUAAUUUCGAACUUGUUUUCUUCCAUAGAUUUAAGGCUGGCGCAUAUUAUGGCGGAGCGCAGCGCAGUCAAUUUACCGUCAAACUAUUAUCGACAUAGUCUUCAUAGAAAUAAUAUCCAAAAUAAAUUAACAAUUUAAUGCAAUGUAUUCUUAUGUUAAUAGAUUUUGAAUAUUAUUUCAAUGAAUACAAUGUCGAUAAUAAUUUGGCAGUAAAAAAUUCUCAGUGCUGCGCUCCGUUAUUUUCGCUGACCUAUAGUUUUAUUCCACGCUUACUAAACGCAUGUGUAUAUUACCAUGUAAUUUACAUCUGACUUUUUUGAUUUAGAAUAGUUUUAGUGUUGAUAUAAGCAAUUUAACUUCGAAAAUGACUGAUGAGCGAAUGUUAAGGAAAGUAAUUUAGAUAUUAUUUUGUUAUUUAAAUUCAUUUACUCUUAAAGAGGUAAGGGAAUAAGGCUCUAAGCUAUUAGAAUAAAACUAAAUAAUCUGUAUAUGUAUGAAAACUUACGUUUUGGAAUUUAGAUAAUUAAUAACUUUAUUUUUUCUUAUCGCACAUCGAUAGGGCAAUUGUAUUUAAAUGUAAAAAUAAUAAUUGUUAAAUUGUAAAUUUUUAAAUUGUUAAUGAUAAAUCAUAGGUUAAUAUUAAAAAAUCCUUUAAGUAUUCAUGUUUUAUUUAAAUUAGGAACGAAAUAAACGUUUGGUUUGUAAAAAAAACAUAAGCUGCAGUAGAUAUCCACGAAACUGUUGCAGCUUGUAAUUAAUUAACGGAACAAUUGAAUAUCGAAUAAAUUAAAUCUAUAGAGUUUUAAUGGUUAAAUUUCGUCAUGUCAGUCGAUAUAGAGAAUGAACUAAUUUGCUCAUAACUUCAAUUAUGGUGAAUUUAAUCUUACGAUGCACGGAUUGAUAUUUGUGAAUUAUUUAAAAUCGGAAUGUCGAUGGUGAGCAUUUUUUAUUACAUGUGAUUAAAUAAA